CGGGAGGCGGGUCCCGGGGCGGGGCCAUGCGUGCGCAGUGAGGUCGUACUUAGCCGCGUGGAAGCUGGGGUUGUCUAGCUGUUGGGAGGCGGUGAGCAGUUCUCUGAGGGGGCCAGGGAAGAGCAAGUGGAAGAAGGGGCAAGGAUGAUUACCCUUUUUGGGCCCCAGAGAGAGAGGCGACAGUAAGAGGAGAGAGGGGUCUUGUUAAUGUUCUCCUGGGGCAGGGGAGGAAGGGAGUCUGUCAACGUCCUCCGGGGUCUUCCCACCAAUAUACCAGGUCCGUUACUUCAGCCUCCAACUCCUGGGAGUGGACUGUUUGGGGAGGGCCAUGGCCCAGCUCCCAGCCCCAGGCUCUGUGAUUGUCCCUGACUGGCAUGAGAGCGCAGAAGGCAAAGAGUACUUGUCGUCCAUUCUUCGGAAGAACCGGCGAAGGGUGUUUGGGCUGCUCGAGAGGCCAGUUCUACCUCCCCAGGUGGCUGCAGACACUGCAGGCUACAAGAUCUUUGUUUCUGGGAAGAGUGGGGUUGGGAAGACGGCCCUUGUGGCCAAGUUGGCGGGCCUGGAGGUUCCUGUGAUACACCAUGAAACAGUGGGCAUCCAGACAACAAUAGUGUAUUGGCCGGCCAAACUGCAGGCCAGCGACCGAGUGAUCAUUUUCCGCUUUGAGUUCUGGGACUGUGGCGAGGCAGCACUCAAGAAAUUUGAUCACAUUCUGCCGGCCUGCAAGGAGAAGACAGAUGCCUUCCUCUUCCUCUUCUCCUUCACUGACCGUUCCUCCUUUGACGAUCUCCCGGCUCAACUUUCCCGGGUUGCUGGAGACGCUCCCAACACUGUCAAGAUGGUGAUCGGCUCUAAGUUUGACCAAUACAUGCACACUGAUGUUCCCGAGCGGGACCUCACAGCCUUCCGCCAGGCCUGGGAGCUGCCCCUGCUGCGGGUGAAGAGUGUCCCUGGGCGCCGGCUGGCUGAUGGGCGCACCCUGGAUGGGCGGGCUGGGCUGGCAGAUGUGGCGCAUAUCCUCAACGGCCUGGGGGAGCACUUGUGGCACCAGGACCAGGUGGCAGCUGGGCUGAUCCCUGGCCCCCAGGAGAACGCUCCAGAGGAGGAGCAGGGCUGAGGCGCUCCUGGAAGUAGGGCUUGGCCCGGCAUUCCUGCCAGGGGAAGAACUGGCGUGUAACCUGGUGACACGGACAGAAUACAGCUAGGCAGAAGGGCUGAGCCUGAGUCCCAGCGGCCACUCUUCCUUGUGUGUGUGAUCUUGAGCAAGUCCCUUCGCUUUGAUUCCUAACUGAUUUUCUGCUCUAUAAAAGGGAAAUGCGCCUCCAUUGCCUCCCUCUCAAGGAGAUUGUUGGGAAUGCAUUUACAGGUUAAGUCGUGAUAGAAAGGUGAAGGGGUAAGAAUGAUCCCCCCACUGGGCUGUUUGUCUGCGGGGUAAUGGAAGGGGAGAGGAAUUUGGAGUCCGAAGACAGGCUUUUGAAUUCUGGCUCCAUCACUUAGCACCUCUGGGACCCUUUUCCUCCUCUGUGAGAAGGAAGACAUGGUUUGCAAGUUCCUUUUCCCUGGGGGGUGAGGGAGCAGGGAGAUGAGAUGCUCCCAGGUCUCCCCUCCCCAGCUCUGAGCCAGAAUAGAGGAGAAGGGGGCAGAACCCAAGAGGACCGGGGCAGCUGGACGAGCCAAGGUCCCAAACCUUGGUGACUUCUGGAGGAAAUGGAAGCUCCGCGGAGAUAUUCUGGUCUCAGACUAGCUCUUACAGACCUAGUCUUGGGACUGAAGAAAAACCACAGGGCUUGAAGUCAGAAGCCUUGAGUUCCAGUCCAUACUUGCCGGAGGACCUUUUCAGGAGUUACCAAGUCUAUCAGACUCUCCAUUUACACAGUUCUCAAGGGCUCACCCACUGCAAGACCUUCUCCACCACUGGUCCUUCCCUCCUGGGUGGGCAUUUGAAUUCUCUUGGGUGGAGAGAAGGAGCUCUGUGGGGCGGAGGAGGGAAGACCCUCCCGGAGGAGCUGGAGGAAGAGGGGAGACCCUCCUGGAGGAGCUGGAGGAGGAAGGAAGACCCUUUGGAGGGCCUGGACUACUUGGCGUCCAAAUUUAGCUAUGGAGCUCAAGGGGAGGGCACCUUAACCUAAACUCGUAUUUCCCCCUCUGUCUCCGUGCGCCUGGAGGUACUUUUUCUUUUUGGGACUCGGAUUCUGAAGCCACUGGGACCAAUUCUAGAAGCAGCGUUUCCAUCUGAAAAUCAGUAUUAAGGAAAAUGGUUCCCUGACCUGGGCCGUGGGAACCUGUUUUACAUACGAAUAUAUCUGCACAAAUGUACAUAUUUGAUCAUUAUUGAAAUAGAACCCGUUUCCCUUGCAAUUAUUUAUGCAUUUUAAAACAUCCCAAACCUCUUUGCCCACGACAAAAGAAGGGGCCAGAGCCUCUGAUUUCGAGGUUAGGCAGGAACUUCGGGGCUUGGGCCCUCUCCCGGAAGUGGUUCUGUGGAGCUGGACAACGACCUCCCCGGGGGCUGGGCAGAGACUCCCCCGAGGCCAGAGCAGGGGGUGGCAGAGGGAUCCCUCGCAGAGGAGUUGAGAGCCUGAACCUUCCCCUAGCCCCGUGGAGGAGGCUCUCUGCCUCCUCUCCCCCAGCCUCCUCUCUCCCAGCCUCCUUCCACAUUCAGUGUUUAAUAGGCCUCCCCCCCAGGGGCAGUCCCGCUCCUGCCCCAGACUCGGGAAGGAGGGCGAGGGUGUGGGCCACACUUGUGCUCGUAAUUUUUCUAAUAGCUGAGCAAAUGCAAAUAACAUCGAAGGGGAGGCAGCUUGUAUGGAGGAAGCAGCCAGGAAAUUGUCAGGGAAACCUGGGUUUUUGAUGCUAGUGAUGGGGUCUUGCAGGCCCUCUCUGAGCCUCAGUUUUUUAUUUUUCUUUCUGUAAAAUGGGAUGCCUGUGACUAUUGGAUUUAACAUAUUUCUGCCAUGUUUAACAUAUAUUGGACUACUUGCCAUCUGAGGAGGGCGCUGGGGAAGGGGGGUAAAAUUGGAACACAAGGUUUUGCAAGGGCUAAUGUUGAAGAAUUGUCCAAGCAUAUGUUUUGAAAAA